AUGUCCAGACCCUCCAUCGCCGCGCUGAUUGGACCUGUAAAACCUGUACCUGAGUCCGCUCACGACCUUGACGACGCGAGUGAAGAUGAGUUGAAAGUCUGUCAAACACAACGAUGCCAUUACGUGGUUUACGUCUACUCUGCCGGAAGGACUGUAAGUUCGGUUCUGUGUCAGCAAAUGAAAAGCCAUGCAUAAAGGCAAAUAGGAAAUUUGAGAAAAUAUCUAGUGAAAAUAUCAAGUGAAUAACUGUGAUCCGACCUUUUAAAGAGGUAGGGAAUCUGUGGUAAACACUAUGAUAGCAAUCUACCCCAACUUCAUCCGUUUUUCUAACCGCUACCAUUCUAGCCGUCCGAAUCGGUGGCUGUUCAUAUGCUAAAGUGGUAAACAGCCAUAGUUCUGAUAAAUCCUGCAGAGAUAAAUAUGCAGAGAAGUUCUGACAGAGAUAAUGGAGGCUUGGAUGGCGAUUUCUGGCAUACUAGCCGUCGUCAACCAACCAUACUUGGCCACAUGUCUGGAUGACCUGGGAUCCUAGUACGCGUUCCUUGGUCAUUAGGCGUUAAGUUAUCCGUCGAUCAAAAGUUGAGCCAGGAACUCAUCGUCCUGUCGCUUGUGAUCAGGAAUAUUCGCUAUAGUAGAAGGAGAGUGCAUCUACCAGGUUAUGGAACGUGCUCAUUAGCCGUGCGUCCCGAGUCUCAAUUCAGAACCCUCGCAGGCGGUCGCAUGGGAACCAGAUGGGAGCGUGUCAACUAAGACAACGCAGGUGGAGAUGAUUAUUUCUGGUCCAUUGGCCGUCGUCAGCCAAUCACAUCAAACUUCAGACCUAGACGACCUAGGAUUCCCACGAUGCUUAAAUGUCCCUCACUACCUCAGCAAACAAAAUGCACGACGAGUUUAGGUUUUUCACGUUAUUUUCUGUCAGACGAAACGCCUUCGCCGGUGCGUGCACGGUCGAGUUUUUGACAGUUGAGUACUGCCAGCAGAGGUAGAUGACAUUCUCGAAAGUUCCUGGUAGAAAGCGUUCCUCAGCUUUGUCAGGGGUUGAUGUGCAUGACACAAGUGAACGGUAGCUGAGCAAAAUUUUCACCCCUAAAACCCCGCUUCCAGCCAAAUUACUCCAUAUGAGGGACUUUUUCCAGUAGGUUUUGAGGUAGGUGACGACAGGUGUAUUUAACUCUAAUGUUGAUGUCUUCUUCCGGAAACUUCUACUAUAAAGUCACCCAAAGUCAGGGGAAUGAUUGCCUAAGUAGCGAUGCUUUCAUAGGUGUAGUUUAAGGAUUACCUUGCACGCGGAUCAGCGCAGUAAGAGUACCUAGGCGAACUUUUCCCCUCGACAGCAUAUUUAAAUUUCCAGUCAAUAUUUCAUGACUUUCGGCGGACAUCUUAUGCACACCGCAACUGGGCGCUGAGGCCGCCAGGAUGUAGAAAUUUGGAGCUCCUGAUGGUUAUAGUUCUGGCGUAAAAGCCAGUCCAAACUUCGUAACUGCCCAUGCAAAUCUGAUAGGAUCACAGCCAAAUCGGGGUCAGUAACUAUCAAUUCAGAAGAAUUGCCGGUAAAGACAACAGAGACUGGUCUGGUAAACCGUUCUUCUUAUUUACCUUCGACUCCGACAGAACUGGUCUGAUAUCUGAACGCGGGCCCAACUGGUAUUUCAGCUUUAUGCUCUCUUUUUUUCUCUCUCAAUUUAGUCCCAUGACUGUUGUCUAUCAGCGGCAACUAGCAAUAUUUAGAGUGAGCGGGCGCCGCUUUUACUCCUCUGAUCUGAUUGCAGGACCGAUUAUACCAGUUUCGUGGUUCCUUAAAGCUAAGGUCCGUCAUCAUCGAAGACGAUCCAAAUGCUGAUAAGCAACCGUUUCUACAGAAAGCUUACCGUCUGUGUUGCCACGCCGGAGCAGUUCGCGUCCUCCAACUCAACAUACCCAACCCAUGACAAGCAGUAAAUAACGCCAGAGUCAUUAUAGGCCGUUCCGCGAUCUUGCUCUCCUUCCCCCUUUUUGGGUGGCUAACGGGGUAGCAGGAGUUGCGCUAACUCCAGCCCAGCGCAACUUUCGUCUUAUGGUUGGACAGUUCUGGGAUUUCUGUCCUUUUGUGUCGGCUUCUGUAUCUACAUUCUGAUUUCGAGGAGGACAGCAGGGUUUGGUCAUAAGGCGCACGAGCACUUGCAAAAUGUGGAAGGAAAUUCUGUGACAGGCUGACAUGGAGUUUUAUGGUUGUGCCGUAAAUGACACAUUGACUGAUUGCCAAUCACAUUCACCAACACCAUGCGAAGUAAGAUUGGAAUGCACGGUGUGCAGUCUGCCUAUCGCAGUUGCUUUGAGUAUGCCGGGGUGUCCUUCCACUCGGCUUCCUCGUUUGCGUCGUACAAAAGAUUUUCUGCACGCAUUCCCUGUGUAAUACGUAGGCACUUCCGAAUACCGCAGUGUUUUUGCAAACGCGUCAGUUUGGCUUAACGUGAAGAACGCAGGUACUGUUGUUGCCGGUAGACCUAAGGCAACCUGUUGCACAUUUGCAGCUGUAAAGUAAACGCAUUGUUCAUUCUCUAACUGUACUGCAAGUGAACAAAACCUUGGACUUCGCUAAUGGAUGGGGAAUGAAAGAAUUCUUCACACGGCUUUGUUGCUGUUGACGCAUCUUCCAGCCCAAUACUGUGCGAUGUUAUCAAGUUGUAUGUCCGCAUCCCUUUCUCUUCUUUCGUGUUGAAGGCCGAAAACGGCCACUUCGCUGUCCUUAUUAACGUACUUACAAAUGUACCUAAUUCAUUUCCCGGAAUUGCAGUUUUCCACGUUUAUGUGAGCUUCGUUUGCUUUUAAAAGCAAAGGCGAAUACGAAACAACCCAGCGGUUACCGACUUGUAUGUCACCGGCUCGCAUUCGUACGGUUACCAAUCUGCCGACGUCUUCCGGUGACCGUCUUCAGUAUAAGGGACUUCCGUCGGUACCGGUAACUGUGUUGCAUACGAAUGCCCGAGGAUAUCUCUUAGAGCAUUUUCCGUCUGUCAUGCCGGAGGUGGGGGUGGGGGGAAUUGGGAUUCAGUGCACCUCAAGGUCCAUGUAUCAUAUUCUUCGCCGUAACUUCAUGCAAAUCAUUGUCGACGUGGGCGCCAGGUAAUUCAGCGCAUUGUCGAUUUAGUUGGAAGUGAUCUUGUUAUAGAGUCAGAUCAAGACAUGUGCGUGGGGCAGUCCUCUCUUUUGCCGUUCCACCUAAUACAUCCAGCAGCGCACAGACCCAACCACCUUGUGUUUCACCAUGAAGUUCAUCAGCGAUUACAGUUUAUUCCUGAAAACACGUGCUGUAAUGUUAUACCUAUUCACCGGCGUUAGCCCAGGAAGCAGGAACUGGUAAAUAUCGCACCAAGCGGGAUUGCAUGUGAGUGUAAUGAGAAGGUCUGGACGCCCGUACUGACAAACGUAAGCAAUUACACCUCGAGCGUACUCGAACACAUGACGUGAACUCUUUGUAGAUGUGGAUGACAAAAUCGUUAGUCUUCCGACGUUAGUUGUAUCACCGUCGUUUACAACUGCAUCAUGCAAAGGAAUAUAUUCUUCAGGGCGCAGCUUGGUCUGAUGCAGGCGGAUGAAAAACACGCUUUCUGUUUCGUUUUUUGCAUACACAUCCACAAUGUAAUGGUGAAACAAUUGACGGCAUUUCAAAAGGAGAUUACUUACAUUCUGUCGGAUCGUAAGUCGGUAUUAGUAGUAGUUCAUUGCGCCGCAUUUCAUGUGCGUCUCCUCGUCACUGACUGGAUUUCUCAUCUUAACGUUGAAGCAAUAUCCACCGGCACCAUCCCAAAAAAUGGAUACUGCAGGGCAGCGUAGCGCCGAUGUAAUUUCAGCAACUCUUGUCAUUUGAUCGUUUCGCCAAUGAAGAACAAUAGCACUACGUUGAAAUCGUUCUCCGACCAUAGCAAUUGCCACUUCGUCUAUAGUAGGGACAUUGAAUCGUCGUCCAUGUUGUCCAGCAGGCGUCUUCUCUGGAUGAAUGACAAUCUUGUGCGUAUCAGAUGGCAUCAUGAUAAUUGCGGUUAUGAAGAAACGCAAUAAGUUGGUGUGUUCAUGAAGAAACUCUUGCAGUUGGGAAACGAUGAACCGUUUUUUCCGGUGGAAAUUCCACGAUGUGUAUUCAAUUCGUCAUUGUCAUCACCGAUGAAGUACAUUUAUAGGAAUUUUUGUUGACCGGCUUGGGGGCGGAAGAAGGGAACCGACUGCAGCCUGAUUGCCAGUCCUGAGAAGGACCAAGUUGUUUCGUCGGUUGGAAACCUUCCCAGUUAGGACUUCUGGCGCGUCGCGGUAGGUCCAAACUUGUCAGAUUUAUUAUGAUGCGGAAGGAAUUGUUUUGCCGUGGGGAUGGAUUCACCAGUGUCGGCGGCCGCACUCGCUCUUUCCCUCCCCGCCCCCCAGCACCAGCCCACUGUCCAAAAUUGUCAAGCCACUGGGUGACUGAAUUGAGCGCAGUGACUCAUCAACGCCUGCCACAUACGACCUUGUCCCCCCUCCCAGGUGUAGCAGGCUCAGUAGGGCCUGCAUAGACUACCAAUUAGGCACAGACUUGAAGUUCUCUCAAAAUCGGUAGAAAUAUUUAAUCGGCAAGAUCUCAUUUCGUAGCCGUACUUGUUAGAGGUUAAGGGUAAGGGGUUGGGGGUCAGGAAUUGGAGUUAGGGGUUGGGGUUGGGAUUAGAUGUUAGGUGUUAAGUUGGGGUUUGUCUACUGCAGGUACGGCUACGAAAUAAGAUCCGAUCAUUCAAUCCCCUGUGUUGUUGUCGUCGUCCGAUCUCGUCUCCUUCUUGGGUGAGAACUAAGCGCCAAUUUCAGGUGCCUUCAUUUGUCUGCCAGUUUCACCACACCAUUCCUCGCUCUCUCUCUCUUCCCCCCCCCUGAAGGUGGAUAUUGACACGCUGCCCUUCCGAAGGAAGCAGUGCGUCGAGUUCUUUCGUGCUCAAACAGUGGAUGAGGAGACGGAAAAACUAGUGUCGCAGUUGGAGCGCCUGGACAAGCGUCUCAGCUGUGUCGAACUGCGCUCCUCCUGCAAGAUCCACCUGGGUCGGCUGCAUGGCGUAAAGUCCGUGGUGAACGGGCUGCCGCGACGUCGACUCACCAUCGCGGGUCCCACCUUCGCGCACAUUGCGCUCGCCCUAGGCAUGCUCGAGGUCAUGUUCCCUCGCCUCAUGUCCUCCGCCUACUACCCCUACAAACUGCCGGCCAGGGCCAGUCUGCGAUAUCAAUCAGGCAAUCGGAUGGCCAGCACCUCCACCUACUAUCCGUGCCAUGAACCCAGCAACAUCGGUCUGCGUGCCCAACUAGAUGAUGGACCAAUCAACAAGUUCAAAGCCAUGAGGACGUUGUGCAAGCGGUCGGCGAUUCGUCCGCCCCCUCAAUAG